AUGGCCACAGCGAUCUCGGCGCUCAGACGACCCGGCGGCGACGCGCCGGCCGCAACCGCACCAGCGUCGCCGUCGCCCGCCCCCGCGUCCUUCGUUCCCGUGCCGCUUGUACAUGGACCCGCAGCAGCCGUCGACGCGCCGUCCUCCUCCGAUCCUCCGAGGCGGCGUGACGCCGCGGCGGCGGCGGGGCCCCGGCCCGGACGUCGUCUCGCUCGCCCUGCGCGCGCGGCGGCGCCCGAAGAGGCGGAGCCGAGGUCCUGGAGCAUCGCCUCCCGCCCCCGCAGCCCGAUCAUCUCCACCGCCGCCGCCGAUCACCAGCCGCCGAACGCGCUCGACAUCGCGGCCGGGAUGACGGCCGAGCAGCUCGUCGUCGGAGUUGCCAAGAAGAUGACGAUGGAUGGAGAUCUCGGGGCUUGGUUAGUCUUAUCCCGUUCUCUCGCCGAGAACGCGCGGUCGGUGUGGUCGUUUUUAUAG